AUGACCUCGAUGAGUUCGACAGAGGUGGACAAGAGCAAGGAUGAAGACCACGAAAACACACACGAGGACCCUCUUGAGGAAGAGGAGGAGGAGGAAGGCGCUGAUGUGGAUCCCUCUCACCAGGAAUACCUAGAACGCCAGCGCAGACUGGAUGAGUUUCUGUCACCGCUGAUCUUGGACGAAGCCGUUCUGUAUCAGCUUGCGCGUCGCUUUUCUACCAUUUAUAGAGACUUGGCCUUGCAUUCCAAAGAACAGUUUCUUCCGACGCCGGUGACCCGUCUACCCACCGGUCUCGAGACGGGUCGAUACCUAGCCAUCGAUGUCGGUGGAACCAAUCUCCGGGUUGCCUUCAUCGAAUUGCUUGGCGAGGCAGCCGAGUCCGAUACACCGCCGGGCGAUGCGUCGGCGAGAUCCAGGGACACCUUGCGAAAAGCACAGAGGCAGCGCGUCAAGCGGACUCUCGAAAGAGCAUGGCCCAUCCAAGAGCAUCUGAAAAUGGACAAGGCGGAGGAUCUAUUUUCGUGGAUUGGCGACUGCAUCGCGGAAGUCGUGGCUGAGAACCUGACCUCGGAGAGCACUCGGGGCGAAAUCCCCGAGGAAUUGGAGAUGGGCAUCACAUUCAGUUUUCCCAUCAUGCAAGAGUCUCUCACCGAGGCAACCUUGAUGCCGAUGGGCAAAGGAUUCGCCAUCACAUCGGACCUCGAUCUCCGCAAGAUCCUACUUAGUGGCUACGAGAAACACACCAGACGCCUGGACGAUGAAUGUGAGCCAUCGAGCAAACGCCGGAAGCUCUUCAAUCUCCCCAAGUUGAAGAUUGCUGCGAUUACCAAUGACACCGUGGCCACUAUUGCUUCGCUUGCCUACUCUGUCAAGUCACUGCCCAACAGCAGGGUUGCGAUGGGUAUCAUUGUGGGGACGGGGUGCAAUGCAACCAUUCCGAUGAAUCUUAACUCGCUCCACAGCUCCAAAGCGAAACAGGUGCGACAAAAAGACCCCGAGGCGCAAGAAACCGUGGUAAACACCGAAUGGACGAUUUCCGGUGCCGCUCCACCGUUGAAAGAGCUCAGCAUAAUCACUCACUGGGACGUCGAGCUUGACCAGGCAUGUGCCCGCCCGGGAUUCCAACCCUUCGAGUAUAUGACAGGCGGCCGAUACAUCGGAGAACUCAUUCGGCUUAUUCUCUGCGAUUAUUUCACGAAACAAGGUGGUUUGUCUAGGAAGGAUCUACCCGCGCCUCUUAGCAAAGAGUAUGCAUUGACUACUUCGUUCAUAUCCAACAAAGUUGCCCGCUCCCGGUCCGACCAGGAACUGGCGAGUGAGCUGGCUCGUUGUAUGCCGCCUCCGGAAACUAGCGAGUGGAACUGGGACGCAUCGGCGGCAAACGCCUUCCGCAAGAUAGCCAGGACUGUGCAACGGCGCUCAGCAGGAUUGAUCGCGGCAGCCGUUGUGGGACUCCUUGCUUGCGCGCACGAGAUUGAGCUGAAGGUCGACAGUCCCGACGGCUCACCGACAACUGAAAAUCAUGUCGCGCUGGAUUUAUCCGCCGUAUCGGAGAAUCUUUCUCCUGUAUUGGAUUCGGAGGGAUCGGGUGCCAGUGGGUCCAGGAGCAAUCACAGUCCCAUUGUCCCGGUGUUGUCCCCCACACCCGUUCCCGCAGACUGGCAGUCCGGGCCCGAGGAACUCGUUGUCGCAUACACAGGUGGGAUUAUCCAACAUUACCCUAACUUCAAGGAGAUGUGUCAACAGUACAUUGACCGACUCAUUAUGAGGACGGGUCCGCAGAAGAGUGGCAAGUCGGUGUUCUUGCGAGAGGCGUCCGAUGGGGGUGUCAUUGGCGCAGGUGUUUUGGCAGGCAUGAUUGGGAACAUGUAG